AUGGCUAAUCCACAAGAAGAAGUUUACAAAGAAUUCCUCAACUACGACUGGGAGUCAUUCUCAGAGUUCCAAACAGGGCUCCAGGAGAUCCUCGAUAGUCAUUUGAACACGCUAAAGGAGCAAGAUGCCUCUAUCAAGGCUAUCCCUGCUUUAGACAGACAGCAGUUGACUGACCAAGCAAAGUCGUUCUUCUUCUGUUCGCACACUGGAAACAUCCUCAAUCUCGAUGACUUCCAGCAAUGGAGAUUUCACAACGGAGACAAGUUCGACAAGAAGAAGAAAAUCCAAGAGAUAACAGACACCGAAAUAGAACAAGACGAGGAACAAAAAACUGGAGCAAACGAAGAAGCAGAACAGGAACAAGAAUUAAAACAUAAUUCAGAAACUAUACAACAAACUCAUGAAACUGAACAUUCUACCGAGGAUCCACCAUAUUCGUCGAAUUACCAACACCUUGUAGAGUUAAUUGUUUCAGGGAAACCUGUUCCUGGAAUCAAGGAUAUCCCUGAUACGGUUCUUUCUGAAAAGAAGUCGGAUGCUAUAGCCACCCAGAGGGUCAAGCCUUGGGAGAAGAACAAGACUGCAGCCGAUACCAGUUUCCUUGAGUAG